AAACUAUUUUUGAGAUAUUAAAAAAUUGAUAAUGAUGUCUAAUUGUCUGAAGAAAACAGAACCUAUUAAAGAAGAAAAUCAAAUCGAACAAGUAUUUAUUUUGGAGGAAUCAAAUGACCCAGAAUUAGAUCCCGAAGUAAUAAUUAAAGAAGAAGAUAUCAAUGUGAUAUUAGAAGAACCUUCAAGUAAUCCAUUGAUCUUAACUAGUGUCACAAACAAUGUGUCAUGUGAAUUUUGUUUUAAAAUAUUUACCAAACGAAGUGAGUUAGUUCGACACAGACGAGUGCAUACCGGUGAAAAACCUUAUUCGUGUGAUAUUUGUGGUAAAAAAUUUACAAAUACAAAUGGUUAUGUUCAACAUCGUCGAAUUCAUACUGGAGAAAAACCAUAUUCAUGUGAUGUUUGUGGUAAAGAAUUUGCUCGACGAAGUAAUUUUAUUCGACAUAAACGAACUCAUACUGGUGAAAAACCAUUUGCAUGUGAAGUCUGUAAUAAAACAUUCAAUCGACAUGAUCAUUUAGUUAAACAUGAACGAACUCAUACGGGCGAGAAACCAUUUUCGUGUGAUACUUGUGAUAAAGUAUUUACCAGGCAAAGCCAUUUAACUCGACACAGUCGAACUCAUACUGGUGAAAAACCGUUUUCAUGUGAUCUUUGUGAUAAAACUUUUGCUCGUAAUGACUAUUUAAUUAUACAUAGACGUAAUCAUUUUGAUGAAAAACCAUAUCCGUGUGAUUUAUGUGAUAAGACAUUUAGCCGAAAUGACUAUGUAAUUCGGCAUAAACAAACUCAUCAUUGUGAACAAACGUUAUUCAUGUAUGUUGUAAUGAAAGGUGGACAAAAUGAAGAAGGCAGCAAUGAAAGUGAUAGUGUUAUAAGUGAUGAAAUAUUUGAUGACAAUGUUGUAAUAGAAGAGCGAAUAAAAAGUGAAAUACCAGGAGAAUACAGCAAUGAUAGUGAUAGUGUUAUAAGUGUAAGUGAAAUAUUUGAGGAAUCGGUUUUAAGAGAAAAACCAUUUUCAUGUGAUGUUUAUAUUAAAAAAUUGAUAAUGAUGUCUAAUUGUCUGAAGAAAACAGAACCUAUUAAAGAAGAAAAUCAAAUCGAACAAGUAUUUAUUUUGGAGGAAUCAAAUGACCCAGAAUUAGAUCCCGAAGUAAUAAUUAAAGAAGAAGAUAUCAAUGUGAUAUUAGAAGAACCUUCAAGUAAUCCAUUGAUCUUAACUAGUGUCACAAACAAUGUGUCAUGUGAAUUUUGUUUUAAAAUAUUUACCAAACGAAGUGAGUUAGUUCGACACAGACGAGUGCAUACCGGUGAAAAACCUUAUUCGUGUGAUAUUUGUGGUAAAAAAUUUACAAAUACAAAUGGUUAUGUUCAACAUCGUCGAAUUCAUACUGGAGAAAAACCAUAUUCAUGUGAUGUUUGUGAUAAAGAAUUUGCUCGACGAAGUAAUUUUAUUCGACAUAAACGAACUCAUACUGGUGAAAAACCAUUUGCAUGUGAAGUCUGUAAUAAAACAUUCAAUCGACAUGAUCAUUUAGUUAAACAUGAACGAACUCAUACGGGCGAGAAACCAUUUUCGUGUGAUACUUGUGAUAAAGUAUUUACCAGGCAAAGCCAUUUAACUCGACACAGUCGAACUCAUACUGGUGAAAAACCGUUUUCAUGUGAUCUUUGUGAUAAAACUUUUGCUCGUAAUGACUAUUUAAUUAUACAUAGACGUAAUCAUUUUGAUGAAAAACCAUAUCCGUGUGAUUUAUGUGAUAAGACAUUUAGCCGAAAUGACUAUGUAAUUCGGCAUAAACAAACUCAUCAUUGUGAACAAACGUUAUUCAUGUAA